AUGCUUGGUUUCGGCCCAAAUCAGUUCCCCGUCAAUGGCAAGACAAUACUCAUAACGGGUGCCUCCGAGGGACUUGGCAGAUCAAUUGCUAUUCAACUUGCACAAAAAGGCGCCAAUGUGGUCAUUGCCUCGAGGUCGGCUCACAAACUUGAAACGGCGAUUGCAGACAUCAAGGCCGCUGCAGUGAAUCCAUCGACACAACGCUUCCACUUCAUUAGCGCCGACUUGACAGACCCUGAUGCCGCGGAUCGCCUGUUGGAAGAGACCACGACGUGGAAUAAUGGAGUCGCCCCUGAUGUUGUUUGGUGUUGCGCCGGAUACUGUCAUCCCGGCCUCUUCAUCGAUGUGCCUAUCAAAACAUUGCGCGAUCAAAUGGACACUGUGUAUUGGACCAGCGCAUACACUGCGCACGCAACGCUGAGGAGAUGGUUGGUACCAGUUUCACAGACCACUGGAAAAGAACACCCGCCUCCACGACACCUCAUUUUUACCGCAUCCACUCUCGCCGUCUUCACUGUCUCUGGAUACAGUCCCUACUCACCGCCCAAAGCCGCCAUGCGCAAUUUAUCCGAUGUCCUUGUGCAAGAAAUCGAAAUGUACAACGGUGCUCGUCGCAAGAAAGACGCCGAUGCCCCCGCAACCGACGUCAAAAUCCACAUCGUCUUCCCAAUGGGAAUGACCAGUCCGGGCUUUGAGAAUGAGCAAAAGCUCAAGCCGGAGCUUACGCAUAUCAUGGAAGAAGCCGAUAAACCACAACUCCCCGAAGAAGUUGCUUCUAUCGCCAUCAAGGGAUUGGAGAGGGGCGAUUUCCAGAUUAUCACAAACGCUAUCGGCCAGAUAAUGCGAUCAAGUGCGCUGGGCUCUAGCCCGAGGAACAAUAUCUUCUUCGAUACGGCGGCGAGUUGGUUGAGUAAUGUUGUAUGUCUUUUCGUCAUUCCGGAUUUGGCUAAGAAGGCAUUCAAUUAUGGGAAGCAGAAGGGGAUUCCGUCCGCAAAGUGA